UGGCCACCACGUUCUCUUCCUGUCCCCAUUGUUCAGACACUACAAAAGUGCCCAGAGUUUGUUGUUGCCCAGCAAGACUCAGAGCGGGGGGCGGCAGGUCCCUCUGUCCAGGUUCUCUACAGCUGUUUCCAACCGUCUAUGCUGCUCCGGGGCCUGCCGUAAGCAAACCAGGAGCACUUUCCCCAGCGGGCCCAUGGGGCAGAGUUUGCAGCCGGAGCUGUCCGGGGAGAGGAGCGGUGGAAGGAAGCCGGGCGAGAUGGCAGAGGAGGGCUCUGAGCUGGAAAGGGGCCUCCAUGCCAUCGUGGGCAGCUUCUACAGAUACGCCGAGGGCUCCGAGGGACCUAAGGAGCUGGACCAGGCGGCUUUCCAGAACCUACUCAGAAACGAGCUGAGCCAUCAGCUCACGAACUCAGAGGACCAGAAGGCAGCGCUGGACAUGUUUAGGAAGGUGGAUGCCAACAACGAUCAGAAAAUCUCCUUCGACGAGUACUGGGAUCUGAUCGUAGAGAUUUGCCGAGUGAUCCGGCGCAGCAAUUAUAACGAGUAGCGACCGGGGAGCUGUGUCCAGUGGGGAAACCGAGGCACGCGCCGCAACGGGAAAUGCCCCCAAAUCCUUUGCCUGAUGCACUCAAAGCAAACCUGCACCUCCCCCACACCACCUCACCCCCAAUAAACCCAGCGACCUUAAUCUGUCUGCUUGCUGGGACCCUCCCACCCCCUUCCCCAUUCUGCACAUCUCAUGCUGCUGCAGCUGCCCCUGUCCCCCUCGCCUGGAUCCCACCCUGAUCACCCCUCGGUCUCUGCUCCCAUGCUGCCCAUCUUGUCACAACCCAAUGGCCCCCUCCCUCAGGUCCCCUGGAGAGGCAGAUCAGCACUGUAUGUUGCUAACGCUGUUGCAAGCAUUGCAAGGCAUUUUGGGAAGGGUUAAAGGUGUGAGUGUGGAGUGGAAGAUUCCUUUGCAGGUUGCGGGAGGCCAAAGGGGGAGGAAGGAAGAGAGCAGAGAAGGGGUUAACUUGACACUUCAGCUCCGAAGAGAAGAUGCUGGCCCCAGUCCAAGGUCACGGCGCUCGACGGGCUGAGCAGGACCGCAGAAAUUGCAAAAACGAGCGAGACGGCAAGGCCAGCGAAGGGGAAAACAAAGUCUCAUAUCCCUGGAGCCGGUGUGUUUUGGGAAAGCUGAGGAGGCCACAGAAAGCCAGUUUGGACUGGUACAAAGAGCACCAGGAACAAAGGUCCCUGAAUGAAACACCCCAAAAGAACCCAGGACUUAAAAACCCUCCCGAGAGCCAAAGCAAGUCGGAGAAAAACAGCAGACCCUGGACGACCCGCGCAUGGGACAAGAACUCCCGUCCACCCCUCCCCCUCUUCUUCUUGCGUUACUCCCAGGCUUGGCCAGCCUCGGGUAGUGCGGGUGUGAGUAUGAAAGUGGGUUAGGGCUUGGGGCACUAACUCUUUUUUCCUUCCUCUGAGUGACGUGGGAACCCCCAGCACUCUCCGCUGUUGUUUUAUUAUUUUAUUAAUAAAGCUUUAAAAUUUAGA